AUGGCAGAAGUAGAGUCGCACAGGACUCCUGGUCCACUGGUGUUGGAUGCCCAAGCCUCAGAAAAUUGGAGGAAAUUUAUUAUGCAGUUCGAAAUUUACCUAGUGGCGAAAGGAAAGGAUGAGGUGAACUUGCUACUCAAUUGUGCUGGAGCAGAUGCAAUUGAGGAAUAUAGUCAUUUUGUUUUCAACGAAGGAGAAAGCAAUGAAUCUUAUGAAGAUGUGUGUAGAAAGUUCAAGGAACACUGUCAGGGAGCAAGAAACGUCAUCUAUGAGCGCCUUGUGUUUAAUCAAAGAAACCAGAAAGAAGGUGAGAGGAUGGACAAUUUCGUGAGUGAGCUGAAACGCUUAUCGUUGACAUGUGAGUUUGGGACCCUCAGAGAUUCACUGAUCAGAGAUCGUAUCGUGGGAGGGGUGCUCUCGAAUGAGUUGAGAGGGGAGUUGUUGAAAAGGCCAGAUUUGACACUCCAAAGUGCCCAUGAUUACUGUAGAACCUAUGAAGCUGCUGAGUUGCAGAAAUUCAAGUUUGCUUCACCAACUGGUUCACAGCAGCCAUUGAGUGUACACCCAGUUCAAGGAAAGGAGAGAGCACCUAAUCCUACCUGUAAGUUUUGUGGUUUUCAGCACCGUUUCACAAAACCAAGUAUUUGUCCUGCCUUAAGAAAGAAAUGUAGAAAUUGCCAACAAGAGGGACACUUUGCAAAGUUGUGUCCUCUUAAGGGUAAGAAAGAAACACCGGUCAGAACAGUAGAGCAAGAAAACCAGGUUGAGAGUAUGGGCCAAGGUGAUCGUGGGGGUGAUCCACACUUAUACUUUGGAUCAGUAGAACUUGGGACUGUGUCCAGCCCCAAUAGCACAAAGAAGAGCGUGAUUACCCUUAAGAUUGCACAAAAAGAGGUGAAAGUCAAAGCUGAUACAGGUGCAGAGGCCAAUGUGAUGCCAUAUCAUGUAUAUAAGGCCAUCACUACACAACCGCUACGAAAGAUUCAUCAGCCUCUUAAAGGAUGGCUCGCAGACAAGGCAAUUCAUCCUGUUGGAUGUGUUCGCCUUCCAACCCAGUACAAGAACCGAAAAAUAGAUCUGCUGUACCUUGUUGUGCAUGGAGAGUUUACACCCCUGUUGAGUUGUGAAGCCUGCCUAGACUUAGAGGUGCUCAAGUUUAUGAAUCUUGACCUGAUAGACACACCAGAAAGACUGGCCGAGGAGACCACACAAGGGAAUGGCAACAAGCCGAAUGCAGAAUUGUUGGUAGAAGAUCCGGUUCUAUCCCAGUACCAAGAUUGUUUUAGUAACAAACCGGGAAGACUGCCAAACAAGGUACACCUAGAGAUAGAUCCAUCAGUGCCUGCAGUAGUCCACCCCCCUAGGAAGAUCCCCAUAUCCCUGCUUGAACCGACAAGAGAAAAACUCCAAGAGAUGGAACAAGAUGGGAUUAUCGUUAAAGAAGAAGAGCACACACCGUGGGUGUCUUCAAUGUUGGUUGUUGACAAACGAAAAGAGAAGGACAGAGCCAACCCACCAUCUAAAGACAGUGUCCGUAUCUGCAUCGAUCCCAGGGAUCUGAAUAAGGCCCUCAAGGGGCCACACUACCCCAUGGUCACUGUUGAGCAAGUUGCCAAUCGCCUUUCUGGAGCUACAAUGUUCACCACACUGGAUGCAUGCAGUGGAUACUGGCAGGUGGAGGUAGAUGAGGAAAGCUCGAAACUUCUGACAUUCAACACACCUUGGGGACGGUAUAGAUUUACACGGCUGCCAUUUGGAAUUUCAUCUGCUCCUGAGAUAUACCAACGAGAGAUGGACAGGCUCUUUGCUGGAGUUGCAGUUGAAAUAAUUGUUGAUGAUUUUUUAAUCCAUGGAAAAGAUAUAAGUGAUGUUGAUAGGAAGAUGAUAGCAGUACUUGAAAGAAGCAGAGAGGUGGCCUGA